AAAACGUCAAACGCUGAAAAAAAUCCGCUUGGUGCAUCUCGCUCGUUCCGCCGCGGCCGUAAAAUCUGUUUUUCCCGUGCAAAUCGACCGUUUUCCAGCUCAAAAUCACAAUGUUUCGCACCGCUGGCGUGCCCUACGUCUAAACGCACAGGCAGCUUCCCGAGUGUAGUGUUCCGAGUCGACUUCCGGGCGGGGUGUGACGAGCGGCACCCGCCGCCAGAAUCUUUGCGCGGCGUCCCAAAAUAAGCAAAAGAGUGUAAAACGAAGCCUCGCUCCUCCUUUUGACGAACCAGCCAAUUUCAUGGCAUAAACAAAAGUUCUCGUUUGGAAACAGGUGAAAACAGUUUGCAAACACUUCUUUGGAAAUGGAUCAAUAUCCUCCGUACAGCAUCCAGCAACAACCGCCGGUGACGGCGGCAGCAGCUUCGUACCCGUACCCGGAUGGGCCACAGCCGGAGAAAAAUCCUUCCGACGGUGUUGCGCAAAUGGCGCAGAAUCCGUACUACCAGGUUCCGGUAGAUCCACAAGUGAACUUUACCGGUGGGUUUGUCCCCGCGGAGGUUCCCGUUCCGAACGGGAUGGUUCCCCAACCGGCGUACAACUCCUACUAUCCGGAGCAGGUGCCACAGCAGCAGCAGCAGCUUGCAGGACCGGAACCGCCGGUUCAGUACAGUCAGCAGGACUAUGCGCGGGAAGCGAAUGUGGCACCCGUGGAGUACUUGCCGGAAGUGGGGAUGCCUGCGAUUCAGCAAGGAACGGGUUCCGUUCAGCAGGUUGAACAGUCUGCGGAAGGAGUGGCAAACGUUGCUUCAGCACCGGGUUUUUGCGAGCAGAUUCAGCAGGGUAUGGAUCUGCCGCAAGCAGUUGCUUCCGGAGAGACAGGAAGCACGGUGUUAGUCAAUGAUAAGGAACAACAGCUAGUCGGUUCCGAACCAACACCAAUCCCGCCUGAGACCACCCAGCUUUCAACUCCUCCUCCAAACGACACCGUAGCAGAACUUACAGAAUCCACUCAAAGCACCGACGCCCCACCCGAAUCAACACCUUCCGCUCUUGACGCACUCGGCUCCACAACAGAACCCGCUACCGAAUCAACGGAACCCACCCCUAUAGUCAACUCCGACGCCGCACCACCGGCAGAUCCCCCCAUCGUCGAGCUCGACGACAACUCCAAGGACGACUGCGUCAUCACGUCCCCAACGCCUCGCCCCGAGCUCUGCUCCUCUACGAAGAAAAAGCGCCGCCGAAUCGUCCAGGAAGACGACAGCGACGACGACGAGUGCGAGCGGGAACGGAUGGAGCUGCUCCGGUCGCCGGAACCGCCCGCUGCUGUGGAAGAGGGGCCGUUAGAUCAACCGGAGGAGAAAGAGAAGACGGGGGAAGACGGCGAGGGUCCGGUGAAAGAGGGUGGAGAGGAAGAGGGACGGUCGGAGUCGCGGAACUCUUGCGAGGACCGUCGGGACGAUGAUGCUCCGUCGAUCUUCCAGAACGUGGUGAUGAUUCCGGCGGCGGACGCCGAGGCGCACAAGCGCAAGAAGAUUCGCGUGCUGGACAGUGACGACGAUGAUGAGGACGGGCAGCAGGCGAUGGCCACGACGGUGGACGAUAUUGGGCUUACGGGGGAAGGGGCGGACGAGCUGAAUCCGGAGGGUGGGAUGGAUGAGGGAGGUGAGGAUGGAGAGUUCGGGGAAGGGUUGGAGCAGAUUGUGGCUAUGGAUGCGCCCAUAGUCGACCAGAGCCGGAUGCUGGAGGAGGGGGAUGAUGACGAGGAGGAGGAGGAGCAGGAAGGUUCGGAUAAGGAGAAGGACAAGGAAGGAAGCGAUCGGGAGGAGGAGGAUGAAGUGAACGGAAGUGACGCUGAGGAACCACCUGUCGAAGAGGAGGAGGAAGAGGAAGCGGAAGAGGGCGUGGAAAUGAUUACGGCCGAGGACGACGCCGGGGAAGCGAUCGGAAUUGCGACGGAUGACGAGAAGGAGCUGGACGAGCCGGAGGCUCAAGAGUCGGAACCGGACGAGCGGGGGAGUGACCAAGAGGAGGAAGCUUCAGAAGAUCCCGAUGCCGAACGCAGCGAAUCCGUUGACGAUCAAAACUCGCAGGAUUCCAACUCGAACCAGCGAAAAUCGGACGAAGACGGUUCGGACAGAGAGGAGGACGAACGGCCACGCAAGAAAUCCGGUGAAAGCGGUGACGAAGUGGUCUGCCAGAACGAAGAGGUCAACACUAUCUCGCUGCUGACGGACGAGGAAGACGACAACGGCGUUGCGCUGCCACCGCCGAAGAAGGAACUGCCGGUGGUGCGGAUAGUGAACAUCAAGAAGGAGCUGCUGGAUGUGUCGCGCGUCAAGAAGGAGCGGUACGACCCGACCUCGUACUACCAGCAGCAGCACCAGAUCAAGCAGCGGCAGCUGGAGGCGCGGAAAAAGGAGAAGAAGAAGAAACGGGAGCGGAACUUUGACAAUAACGACCCGUUCGGCGCCUGGUCCAGCUCCUCCACCGACGACGAGUUCAUCCCGAACGACAUCUACUUCGGCACGCCGGACCGCGUCUUCACCGCCAACACCAAGAUCAAGUGCCAGCGCCAGAAGCAGCUGAACGAGCGCUACUCGGCCAAGUACGGGCGGUCGGGCAAGCGCCGCUACUCGGACGACUCGGACGGGGAGGAGCGGCGCAAGCGCAAGCAAAAGCUGGACCAGCUCAGCCGGCUCAACCUGCCGUCGUACCAGCAGGCCCAGCUGCAGACGAUGAUCAAGAAGAAGAAGAAAAGGCGCCAGGACCGGUUCUACGACAAGAGCCAGGACAUUCCGAACGACAUCUACUUUGGCAAUGUGAACGUUCCGUUGCACGUGCUGUACGCCUUCGGGGACAGCUCAUCGGAGGACGAGCGGCCCAACACGUCGUGGCGUUCGGAGUCCAGUUCCCACAGUAGUCACAAGUACCACCGCACCGGAGGUGGCCCCGGCAGCCGGGGACCGUACAAAAAAUCUUCAUCUUCAUCUUCCGCCAUCGCCGCCUAUGAGCGUUCCUCGGUGAGUCCCAGCAGCGAUCGGUCGGUGCAAGCGAUGAGGGAGUACCUCAAGAUUGCCGGCUUCAAGCACGUCAAGUUCCACAAGCUGUGGGAGGGCUGCAAGUCGAACCAGGAGCGGGCGAACGCCAUCCUGCGGCUGAUGCAGGACAAGGGCCUCGAGGGCGAACCGACGGUGGCCAAGUGCAGGGAGUUGCGCAAGCAGCUGCAGAUGGAGCGCGAGGCGCAGGUGCUGGACACGAGUUUGAUCAUUGAUUCCGGGGAAGGUCGCAUCACGCGAAGAAGCAAACGGAACCCUUCGGAUCCGAACGCCCCCUCCACGUCGGGCACGGUCGUUCCGCCGGAGAGUGCGGAGGCGAUCAACCGCAUCCGGAGCCUGGUGGACCCGGACUCGGACGGGGAGUAAGACUCGAAGAUUUCGUUUCGAGAGCUGUAUGUUGUACAUAGCAGGGAGAGAGCGCGCAAGGUGGCCAUAAAGCAGAUUUUUUUUUCGUUGUAAGCGAGUGUGUGGGCGUGCGAAAAUGGUGGCAAAAGAUGUUUUAAAUCCCAGUUUAGAGGUUAAUUUUAAAACACACACACACAGAGGAACAGAUGAAUCACUUUUAUUUUCACUAUAAACAACCAAUCAUUAGUCGGUGCUUUCUCAAAGAAAGCAAAGCAAAUUCCUGCAAUUUCAGUUUGUUCAGCUCUUAUAAUAGUAUGAAAAAAAUAUCAUUUAUUUUGCACGUAAUCGAUAAGUACUGUGGAAGCUUCCUUUUAAAUUUACAGAAGUUAGAAAUAGUGAAGAAAAGUAAAGUAAAUAUAUCUCUUCUAGAAAGCAAAACACGAUUCACCAAUAGUAGUGUAUAGCAAACGGUAGCAGUAAUUAUAUAAUAAAAUAA